GAAGAAAAAUAGAAGGCAGAUAGACGAUGAUGAAAACAGCCAUUGAUUCUAAGCUCCUUGAAAGCAAUUAAAAAAUAAAUAAAAAGGGGUUGUUGUUAAUUGUUAUAGCUAUUAGCUAUCAAUAUUUUCUAGGCCUUCGUUCUUGUUCAAGAACACAGUUGCAGCGCUCACCCAUUUAGAUCGGAUCCACAAAAACCCAAAAAACCCUUCUUUCUUUUUUUUUCCCUCCUUGGCCUUAUGUUGAUUGCAUGUAUUAUGCAGUUUCAUAUCUGAAAAGAGAAAAAGGGGAAAAAAGAAGUUGGGAAUUUUUGGGUUGUGAAAUGGGGAAUGUGACGUCGAAUGUGGCCGCAAGGUUUGCAUUUUUCCCACCAGACCCACCAACGUACGAUGUACAUAAGGAUGAAAGUGGGAAGCUUGUUUUGCAAGGGGUGACAGCCGACAAGAACAUAGAUGUUCAUAUGCUUGAUACCAAAGGCGGGAAUAAAAUCAUAGCCACCUUUUGGAGACACCCUGUUGCUCGUUUAACCCUCUUGUAUUCCCAUGGCAAUGCUGCUGAUUUAGGCCAGAUGCAUGAACUCUUCAAUGAACUCAGAGCCCACCUUCGUGUCAACAUUAUGAGUUAUGAUUAUUCAGGGUAUGGAGCAUCUACGGGCAAGCCAACUGAAUUCAACACAUAUUAUGACAUAGAGGCAGUGUACAAUUGUUUAAAGAAAGAAUAUGGAGUUAAGCAGGAAGAUUUGAUAGUGUAUGGUCAAUCUGUUGGAAGUGGACCAACUCUACACUUAGCUUCUCGUGUUAAGAAACUAGGCGGAGUUGUUCUUCACAGUGCCAUCCUUUCCGGCAUUCGGGUCUUGUAUCCCGUCAAGAUGACUUUCUGGUUCGAUAUCUUCAAAAACAUUGACAAAAUACGGCGCGUCCAAUGUCCGGUUCUAGUUAUUCAUGGAACAGAUGAUGAGAUUGUUGAUUGGUCUCAUGGGAAGAGAUUAUGGGAACUUUCAAAGGAAAAAUAUGAUCCAUUAUGGGUGAAAGGUGGCGGCCAUUGCAACCUCGAAACUUUCCCAGAGUACAUUAAGCAUCUACGCAAAUUCAUAAGCACGAUAGAGAAGAUUUCGAUUUCGAAACCGGCUAAACAGCUUACUUCUACCCCAAGUAUUACAGAACAUAAACACUGUAAAUGCUUGAGAUUGAAGGCAAAGAAGGAAAAGGAAGAAUCAUGAGUUGGGACAGAUAGUUGCAUUGUCUCCAAGUAUGUUUGAUGUACUUGGCUGGCAUCACCCAGUGAGUGGCAGCCGGUGGUUGAUGAUCUGUUUCUCCCAUCCCAGGUUUGUAAUGACAGAUAUGUAGUCUCUGUUUGAUCCGGAUCCGGCUUUUGAACGAUUGAAUCGAUAAGGGGUUCUUCGAAUUCAUUCAUAUGUAUGCUUCUUGAUCAAGAACUUCAUGUAUGAUAUUACAAAGUUGGUCCAUGUAAAAACUCUCAAACAUUCAGAAAAAAGGGAAAAUAUAUGCAUUACUUUCGUUCACAAA